AUGGGUACCAUGGCUACGCCCACUCUAGCAUACUUGCCAGAGAACUCGCCGAUUGCCGUUGAUCAGAUGCUUGAAAAGCCCACCAUCCAGAGAUCGCGCACGUCCGGCACAUUGUCGCCUGCCCGUGUGCUCUCACGUCUCCCAUCACCGUCGCGCAAUCGGGCCAACACUGCACCAUCUUCUCGCCCAGGAAGUCUUCGCCGUACAAAGACCGACGUAGAUGAUGCCAUCCGCGAACUGAACACUAUAAUCGAAGAGCGCCGUGCCAGCGCCUACCGCUCCCACGCCCAUUCACCCGCACUCAUCAAUCGUCCUCCACCCUCUCCAUCUCACCACGUGCCUUACAUCGCGCCGUCCAUGCGUAUGCAUGUACGCUCUGAGACCCUCUCGGACAUCGGCUCUGCCUUCUCAGCUCCUCUGGGCUUCAAGCCACUCGCCGCCACCCCAGAAGCUACCGCGCCUCGACGAGCAACGAUGGGACUUACACUCUCCCCACCAUCCUUCGCUCACACCGGCCCCUUGACCUCGAACCCGAUCACGCCGCCACCACCCGCUACGCCCACCACACCCAUCGCCCGCCUAGGAGCCUGGCUCAAGCGCUCCACCUCCACCCUAGCCUCUUCCUCGCGUCCCACGACGCCAAAAACAGCAGACUCUUUCUACCAAUGCUCGCCCUACCCCGCCCUCCCUACCUCAACCUCUCGUCCCUCAACAUCCGGCUCCCGCACCCUACACACCCGACAAGAGAGCCAAGAAAGCAACGGCACAGCCACUGUAACCCUAUUUUCUACUACAUCCUACUCCUCCACCCGCUCCACCUCGCCUACGCCAACAACCCACUCUCUCGCCUCCACUGUCGCUACUUGCUCGCCGCCCCGCAAACUCCGCCGCGUACCUGCUCCCUUGACGCUUGUAAAGGAGAAGGAGAUUGCGGCUGAGGCUGGUCCAUUGAGCGCGACGACAAGGAAGAGCAGUGCCAUGAAUGUGAAGCCGCCUAUGAGUCCUAACUUUGAUCUGCUCAAGGGUAUGGAGAUUAGUGCUAAGGACGUUGGCGUUAAUGGCAGGGCAAGUGCGAUGGUCAUGAGUCCAGGGGCUGUUGGUGUUGCCUUCUAA